GAGGCCUACCCUAGAUGAGGCUAUUUGGCUAUAUUAAGGCUUGGCUAUAAACGAGGACUUAAUUGAGGCCGUAUUAUUAAAAGAGCACUUUAUAACAUUGUAGGUAACUUUACACCAUGUUAUUGAUGACGCUAAGAGCUAGGCCUACGACAAGAGUUCAAAUUUUCGGACAUAUUUUUGGACGAGUUCAACAAGCAAAUUCCCGAUUCCUUCAACACCGAUCGUCAUCCUUCAUAACAACCCCAAUAUUUUAUGUAAAUGCUUCUCCACAUAUAGGUCAUCUGUAUUCUUCCCUUCUUGCUGAUGUCACCAACCGUUGGCAAGAGAUAUGUGGAUACUCUGGUGCCAUCUUCUCCACUGGAACAGAUGAGCAUGGGCUGAAGGUGCAGCAGACUGCCGCCUCCAGAGGUUACAGUCCCAAGGUGUUCUGUGAUAAGGUGUCAUCAGAUUUCAAAAGUAUAUUUGACCUUUGUGACAUUUCUUACACUGAUUUUGUACGAACAACUGAAGAGCGUCAUCGGAGAGCAGUUGAGAACUUCUGGACCAAGCUCUAUUCUGCAGGCUACAUAUAUGAAGGUAAUUAUAAAGGCUGGUACAGUACGUCUGAAGAGUCAUUCCUCACACCUGGCCAGGUGACGGAUGCACCUGAUGGAAAUGGUCUCAAAAAGAUAUCCAUAGAGAGUGGUCAGCCUGUACAUUGGACAACAGAACACAACUACAUGUUCCGUUUAAGUGAGUUUGGGCCACGCCUCUUACAGUGGCUUGACAGGAAUCAAAGAGCCAUUUACCCCACGAUCUUCGCAGACAUAGUACGUGAGUGGAUUCAAGGUGGCCUGCAGGACUUAUCAGUGUCCCGACAAAGGGAUCGCCUACAAUGGGGAAUUCCAGUCCCAGAUGACCCUUCACAAACGAUGUCCAAGAGUAUUGGUAACGUGGUGGAUCCACAUGUCUGUGUACAGAGGUUCACUGCUGACGGAUUUCGUUUUGGUCUUCUGAGAGAAGAUCUCUUACAUUCUGAUGGAGAUUAUAGUGAGGCGAAAAUGGUAGCCAUUUUAAAUGCAGAAUUGGCAGACACAUUUGGAAAUCUUCUGUCAAGGGUCACAGCUAAGUCACUGAACCCUGACCAAAUUUUUCCAGAAUUCCACACUGAUCUAUUUCCAAGUCGUCCUGACGGGAGCCUUCGAUCCAGAGCUUCAAAAGAGGAUUAUGAACUGAUAGACAAGUUAAAAGAAUUGCCAGAAUGGCUGCUAAGGCUUCUAUUCGAAGUAAUCAUGAAAAGAUUCCAUGCAAUUUACUGGCCAGCAUUUCUCAUGGCUGCAGGCAUGCCACCUCCAAAAUCCAUAAUCUGCCACUCCCAUUGGACUAGAGAUGGGUCAAAGAUGUCCAAGAGUAUUGGUAACGUGGUGGAUCCACAUGUCUGUGUACAGAGGUUCACUGCUGACGGAUUUCGUUUUGGUCUUCUGAGAGAAGAUCUCUUACAUUCUGAUGGAGAAUUAGUUGACAAAUACUAC